UUCUCCCUACAGUCAUGGACAGAGAAAACCAGACUAGAGUCACAGAAUUCCUUCUCCUGGGAUUCUCUGGGGAGCCAGAGCAGGAAAAGAUCCUCUUUGGGAUGUUCAUGUGGAUGUACCUGGUUACUAUCACUGGGAACUUUCUCAUCACCUUGGCCAUCACCUGUGACAGUCAUCUCCAUAAGCCCAUGUACUUCUUUUUAGCUAAUCUGUCCUGUGUCGACAUCUGCUUUUCAUCAGUCACAACCCCCAAGAUGCUAGUGAAUCACAUGUUGGGAAAUGAGUCUAUCUCUUAUGUGGAAUGUAUGAUCCAGAUCUACUUCUUCAUCACUUUCAUCAAUAUGGAUGGUUUCCUUCUGAGCGUGAUGGCCUAUGACCGUUAUGUUGCCAUCUGUUCCCCACUCCACUACAGCAUGAUCAUGAGGCCCAAACUCUGUGUCCUUCUGGUGGCCGUAUCAUGGAUCAUUACAAAUAUGCAUGCUCUCUUACACACACUUCUCAUGGUCCAACUCAUGUUUUGCUCCAAUAAUGCUGUACACCACUUUUUCUGUGACCCCUACGCCAUUCUAAAGCUUUCUUGUUCGGAUACUUUUAUCAAUGAGUUGAUGAUAUCCACUGCAGGUGGACUGAUGUCUAUUACCCCAUUUACAUGUAUUACUGUUUCAUAUGCGUACAUAUUCUCUAAUGUAUUGAAAUUUCCAUCUAUUCAAGCAAUAAGAAAAGCCCUAUCCACAUGUGGAUCCCACCUCACUGUUGUCUCCCUCUUCUAUGGUGCAAUUCUGGGGGUCUAUAUGCACCCUUCAUCCUCCUACUCAGUACAGGACACAGUGGCCACAGUCAUUUUCACAGUGGUGACACCCUUGGUUAAUCCCUUCAUCUACAGCCUGAGGAAUUAUGAUAUGAAGGGAUCCCUAAGAAAACUAAUUAUCAGGAGAUUAGUUUCACCAAGAAUUAGAAAAUUUUAGAGCUGAGAGGGCUCUUGGAAGUCAUGUAUUUCCACAUUUUUCAAACAGAGAAACAGAGGCUCAGUCAGGUGCAAUAUCCCAUCAUGGAUAAUCCUCUAAUUAGUGAUAUUCCCACAUCAUGAUCACAUAUGUUUAAAUAUAAGGCUGACAUGUGCUAAUAAGUCACAAGUCUUCAUGUCCAGA